ACAGGCCUCCGUGUGGCCACACCCUGUGUGUCUGUCUGUCCCACGGUUGCAGUGGGGCCUCUGUCUGCACCGCCAGAACCAGAGAGAGGAGACGCCAUGACCCCCACCCUCACUGCCCUGCUCUGUCUCGGGCUGAGUGUGAGCCCCAGGACCAGAGCGCAGACAGGGACCCUCCCCAAACCCACCAUCUGGGCUGAACCAGGCUCUGUGAUUCCCUGGGGGACACCUGUGACCAUCUGGUGUCAGGGGGCAUUGGAGGCCCAGGAGUACCACCUGCGUAAAGAGGGAGAGUCAAGGACCUGGGACAGAGAGAAGACAGUGGAACCCAGGGACAAGGCCAAGUUCUCCAUCACACACAUGACAGAUGUAUAUGCAGGAAGAUACCGCUGUGACUUUCUCAGUCCCACUGGCUGGUCAGAGCCCAGUGACCCCCUGGAGCUUGUGGUGGUGACAGGAUCCCAGGGCAAACCCAGCCUCUCAGCCCUGCCCAGCCCUGUGGUGACCUCAGGAGGGAACGUUACCCUCCAGUGUGCCUCAUGGAUGGGAUUCCACAGGUUCGUCCUGAUGAAGGAAGGAGAGCGCCAGCCCUCCUGGACCCUGGUCUCCCAGGCAGCCCCCCGUGGCGGGACCCAGGCCCUGUUCCCUGUGGGCCCCGUGACCCCCAACCACAAGUGGAGAUUCAGAUGCUACGGCUAUUACAGCAACACCCCCCUGGUGUGGUCGGACCCCAGUGUCCCCCUGGAGCUGCUGGUCUCAGGUGUGUCGGGGAAGCCCUCCCUCCUGACCCAGCAGGGCCCUGUCGUGACCUCUGGACAGAGCCUGACUCUCCAGUGUCACUCUGAUGUUGGCUAUGACAGAUUUGCUCUGUCGAAGGAUGGAGCACGUGGCCCUCCCUGGAAGCUUGGCUGGCAGCCCCAGGCAGGGCUCUCUGGGGCAGACUUCCCCCUGGGCCCUGUGAGACCUGCCCUCAGAGGCCGGUACACGUGCUAUGGUGGACACAACCUCUCCUCCGAGUGGUCGGCCCCCAGUGACCCCCUGGACAUCCUGCUCACAGGACAGCUGCCCUACACACCCUCUCUCUCGGUGCAGCCUGGACCCACGGUGGCCCCAGGAGAGAAUGUGACCCUGCUGUGUCAGUCACGGAGCUCUGUGGACACUUUCCUUCUGUCCAAGGAGGGGGCAGCUGAUCCCCCGCUGCAUCUUAGAUCACAGUACCGAGCUGGGCAGCACCAGGCUGAAUUCUCCAUGAGUCCUGUGACCUCAGCCCACAGGGGGACCUACAGGUGCUACGGCUCUUCCAGAAUCUCCCCUUACCUGUUGUCACAGCCCAGUGACCCCCUGGAGCUGCUGGUCUCAGAAGCAGCAGGCACCGUGAGCCCACCCCAAAACAACUCAGACCCCAGCAGUGCCUCGGAUCCCAGAGAUUACACGGUGGAGAAUCUGACCCGCCUGGGCAUGGCUGCCUUGAUCCUGGUGGUCCUCGGGAUUCUGCUGCUAGAGGCUCAGCACAGCCAGAGAAGGACCCCAGACGCAGCCAGGAGCUAAACACGAGUGGGAACAAGGCCACCACUCCGUGUGGCAGAGCUGUGGGCAUGCGUCCCAGGUGCCCAGAGGGAUCUGGAAGAAAGCCUGCAGCUCAUGCUUGCUGAUCUGUCUGCUGACAACAUCGAGGGCGAGCAUGGUUCAGGUGGUAGGACAUGUCUGGGAUGCUCGCUGUCCGGGACUGAUCCCUCGUGACUUGUGGUGGUUUCCCUCCUGCAUUGUUGGACAUCCUUGACUGCCCCUGUCUUUCCUCAUCCCUGUGACUUGAGGGUUCGUCCCACACAGCAGGGCUGGUUCAUACCUUCCAACAGCGGCAGCUCUGGUCCAGCUUCGUGGGAUACAUUUUCCUUCACUUUCCAUUUCCACUUUCCCUGAUGGGCGCUACUGUCCUCCAUCCCUUCAGCCCAAAACACGGACUCUGUUUUCAUAAGUAAAUAAGUGGGUGAAAAUUUGGACCACGUUGUAACAGAUGAAUCCAAAACUAUUCCCUGAACCCUCUCUAGACUCACAGAGCUCUUCUGUCCUCAUGUGGCGACACCUGGUGGAAUCUUCCAGAAACACCAUCAGUUUGAGUGAGUUUAGGGGUGUUUGAAGUGUAGCCAGGUGGGGAGCUGCUACACUGACUCCAUGGAUUAAAUGUUUGUUUGUUUGUUUGUUUUAAAGUUGUGAUUUGUAGUAUUUGCCCACUUCUUUGGUGUAAACACUCCCGUCAUGGGCAACAUCAAGGAGCCGUGUGAACGCACUGUGCACCCAGGUGGGAGUCAUGGAUACACCGUCAUCACGAGUGAGUGUGAUCCAGCUGUGGGCUCACCUCACUGGUCAUCCCAACGUGCACGUGUGCCUCCCUGUAUUGUAAACAUCCUGGUAUUUUCCAGCUCAGUGUAAUGCCACGGUUUCAGGGAAACUGUGACACACAAAUCCUACUACAGCCACAGGACAGGCAAGAGAACACAAUGGCAACAGCCAUCGUUGGAGAAAAUACUGUGUACUGAGAUCCCAGCACAUUCCUGGUAGGAGUAUAAACUGCUAAGGACAGGCUGGGGAGCAGAUCAGAGUCACCUGGUGAAAGUAAGGGGCGCAGCUCCGCCCCAGGAGCCCACACCCUAGCAGCAGCCGUGUGUCGGCGUGGCGCCUGUGGGAGAAUAUUGACAAGUGUGUUGCUCAGUGUAGACACAAACCAUAAUGUUCUAUCCCACACAAUUAGUAUUUAAUGGCAAAUGUGGAAUGGGAUGUUUUAAGGUUGAAAAAUCACAAACUGAAACCACCAGCAGUGUACAGAUCAAUUUCAUCCUCCACAUCGUGUAUAGGAAAGCACAUGUCAAGAAGCCUGCAUAUAGGAUUAAUCCAUCACAUACAUAAUGUUCAUGAAGAGACCAGUCAUUUUUUAAGCACAACUGACUAACUUCAGCCCCAUAAAUAAUGGGAGGAAAAGCUUCCCAUAAUCCAUUAUGGCGGUAAACCAUACAAAUGUCCGAGCUACGUAUAGGUCCCUCUCUAAGAAUCUGUCUGUUCUUCCUCAUGGACUCGCCCUCUGUCCUACCAGACCGUCAUCCUGAGCAGCUGGGAGGAACCUCGGUUCCAGCUCAUUCCUCAUCUGUCCCAUCCCUAAUCUCUGAGAGUUCAGGGCAGAAAGCUGUGUGCAAGGGUGCUGGUCUCCAGGGUCAGAGUUCUCUCCACUCCAUUCCUAGAUGGAAACUUAUUAGGGGCUUGACCUUGAAAACAGACACAGAACCCCUCGACCUUAGUGUUGUAUUAAAAAGUGGAAAUAGGGGGGCGCCUGGGUGGCUCAGUGGGUUAAAGCCUCUGCCUUCGGCUCGGGUCGUGAUCCCAGGGUCCUGGGAUCGA